CACCCAGGACUGCUGCCCCGUGAAGUCUUGAGUGAAAUCCCUGUAGACUGACUUCCUUUCCUUUCUCUUUUAUUUGGUGCCUGUCUGGCAGGCACGCAAAUUUGGCCGAUUUGCAAGUGUUUUCUUUCUGCAUGUGAUUUUUGGCAGACAAGCCACAACGAAAUACAGUGGAAAUCUGUGGCCUGCCUUUCCUUUUGUUUUUUGCCAGUCGUAGGGCUUGAACUCAAGCCCUGAGCACUGUCCCUGGCUCCUUUCUGCUCAAGGCUAGCACUUUGCCACUUGAACCACAGCUCCACCUCUGGCCUUUUCUGUGUUUGUGGUACUGAGGAAUCCAACCCAGGGCUUCAUGCAAAGUAGGCAAUCUACCACACAGCCACAUACAUUCCCAGCCCUGCUCUCCCGUUUUAUUCAAUGUCAAAAGUCGCAAAGUACAGAGCUUGCAAAGGCGAUCAAACGUAUCGAUAGGAAAUCAAUCCAUCAGAUUUGUUCUGGGCAAGUGGUCCUGAGUCUAAGCACUGCUGUGAAGGAGUUGGUUGAAAAUAGUGUGGAUGCUGGUGCCACUAGUAUUGAUCUCAAGCUUAAAGAAUAUGGGAUGGAUCUCAUUGAAGUUUCAGACAAUGGAUGUGGGGUAGAAGAAGAAAAUUUUGAAGGCUUAGCUCUGAAACAUCACACUUCUAAGAUUCAAGAGUUUGCUGACCUCACCCAGGUUGAAACGUUUGGCUUUCGGGGGGAAGCUCUGAGCUCACUCUGUGCGCUGAGUGAUGUAACUAUUUCUACCUGCCACACAUCUGCAAAAGUGGGGACCCGACUGGUAUUUGAUCACAAUGGGAAAAUUGUCCAGAAAACCCCCUACCCGCGGCCUAAGGGGACCACAGUCAGCCUGCAGCAUUUGUUCUCUACACUCCCUGUGCGCCACAAGGAAUUCCAAAGGAAUAUUAAAAAGGAGUAUGCCAAAAUGGUCCAGGUAUUGCAAGCCUACUGCAUCAUCUUAGCAGGCAUCCGAGUGAGUUGCACCAAUCAGCUUGGACAAGGAAGACGGCAGCCUGUGCUUUGCACCAGCGGAGCGUGCAGCAUCAAGGAGAACAUCAGCUCUGUGUUUGGGCAGAAGCAGCUGCAAAGCCUCAUUCCUUUCGUUCAGCUGCCCCCUAGUGACUCUGCCUGUGAAGAAUAUGGCCUGAGCUGUUCUGAGGCGCUGCACAAUCUGUUUAAUAUCUCUGGCUUCAUCUCACGCUGCACGCACGGUGUCGGGAGGAGCACCACCGACAGGCAGUUCUUCUUCAUCAAUCAGCGGCCUUGUGACCCAGCAAAGGUAUCCAGACUUGUGAACGAGGUCUACCACAUGUACAAUCGCCAUCAGUAUCCAUUCGUUGUUCUUAACAUUUCUGUUGACUCAGAGUGUGUGGAUAUCAAUGUGACUCCAGAUAAAAGGCAGAUUUUGCUACAAGAGGAGAAGCUUUUGCUGGCAGUGUUAAAGACUUCACUUGUAGGAAUGUACGACAGCGAUGUGACCAAACUCAAUGUCAACCAACAGGCACUGCUGAGUGUUGAAGGUAACUUGAUAAAGCGGCGUGGGACAGAAAUGGAUACCCCUCUGCAGGGAAGGCCAGACAGUCCCCCUUCAUCCAGCACUCAGGGAGAAGACAAAAGCUCCAUGUCUGUUUCCAGGCUGAGAGAGGCCUUUUCUCUUCGUCACCCUGCAGAGACCAAAUCUCCAGGCCCAGGGACUCCUGAACUGAGAUGGAAUUUCCCAGUACAGAAAAAGGGGGUACCAUCCAGCACCUCUGAUCUUGCCUCUGGCAGAGGCCUGCAGGGCCGUCUGGAAGAGGCAGUGGCUCCCAAGGACUCGGGUUCCCAUGGGGACAGAGCGGAAAUGGGGAAAGACUUGGGGUAUAGCAGUACAUCCACUGCCCCAGAGGAAAGGCUCAGCCCCCCAGAAGUGGGCAACAGCAGCGGUGACCAUGCAGGAAGUUCCCCAGAAGAUGGGUUUUCACAGGGAGACAUGGACUCUGGUGGUAAUUUAUCUGAACCAGACCUCCCCCCUUCAGUCAGGGAGUCGGGGAAGGAAAAAGAUGGCCCAUAUCAAUGGAUACCUCUGCCUCCUCAGGCAGAAUCCCCCUCGUCCAAUGCUAAGCGAUUUAAAAAGGAAACGCCUGCAGAUGCCAACACUCCUCCAAAGGCAGCUAACACUCAGAACGUGUCAGCAGCCCAAGUUGAUGUGGCCGUGACAAUUAGUAAGAAAAUAGUGCCCCUUUCCUUCUCUAUGAGCUCUUUAGCUACACGAAUAAAACAGUUGCAUUGCCAAAGACAGCAGAAGGAAGGCAAAUUGAAUUAUAGGAAAUUCAAGGCAAAGAUCUGCCCAGGAGAAAACCAAGCAGCAGAAGAUGAACUGAGAAGAGAGAUAAGUAAAUCAAUGUUCGCAGACAUGGAGGUGCUUGGUCAGUUUAACUUGGGGUUCAUAAUAACCAAGCUGAAGGAGGACAUCUUCCUGGUGGACCAGCACGCGGCUGAUGAGAAGUACAACUUUGAGAUGCUGCAGCGGCACACAGUGCUCCAGGCACAGAGACUCAUCGCACCUCAGGCUCUCAACUUAACUGCUGUCAACGAAGCUGUCCUGAUAGAAAAUCUGGAAAUAUUCAGAAAGAAUGGCUUUGACUUUGUCAUUAAUGAAGAUGCUCCAGUCACGGAAAGAGCUAAACUUAUUUCCUUGCCAACUAGUAAGAACUGGACUUUUGGACCCCAGGAUAUAGAUGAGCUCAUUUUCAUGCUAAGUGAGAGCCCGGGGGUCAUGUGCCGGCCCUCCCGAGUCAGGCAGAUGUUUGCCUCCAGAGCCUGUCGGAAGUCUGUGAUGAUUGGGACGGCUCUUAACACCAGCGAGAUGAAGAAGGUCAUCGCCCACAUGGGUGAGAUGGACCACCCCUGGAAUUGCCCCCACGGAAGGCCAACCAUGAGGCACAUUGCCAAUCUGAAUGUCAUUUCUCAAAAUUGACCCUUCUCUCAUCCUAAAUUGAGUUUUUCAAGCAGUUCUUCCUGUUUUGAAAGCUUUGUUGUUGUCGUUACUGCUCUAAACUUAACCUGCUACUUAAGAAUAAUGUGCUAUAUGCAUUUUUAAAUUAUCUUAGGCUGAGCAUGGUGGCACAUGCCUGUAGUCCCAGCUACUCAUGAAGCUGAAUCUGGAAGAUUGCUUCAGCCCAGGAAUUAGACACCAGCCUUGGCAACACAGUGGAAGUCCAACUUAGAAAAAAGAAAAAGAUCCCUGUUCAGCAUUGCGUGCUGUGUCUUUUCUGCAUUUGAAACGUGUGUACAAGCAAAAAUGUAUUUAACAUACACAAGAGGGCUGGGAACAUAGCUCAAGCGGUAGAGUGCCUGUCUAGCAAAUGUGAAACCCUCAGCACCACCAGAAAAAAAAAUACACCAAAAAACAAUUAAAGCACUUUGGAUGUUACCCAGGCCUCUAUUCUGCCUGCACAUCUUUUAGCUUGCAACUUUCAGCAGUCAAUAAUUAAAAUUCAUUUUGGUCUAAUUUGGUAAAUUUAAAACUAAGACACCUUGUGAGUUUGUGGUUCUCAAUCCUGAUACAUGUCAGAUUUUACAAAAGAAAUAAUGGUCUGAGUUCAGUGGCUCCCACCUGUUGUAACCCCAACUGUGCAGAAGGCUAAGAUCAGGAGAAUCAAAGAUUUAAGGCCAUCCUUGGCAAGAGAAAGGAAGACCUUGUUUGAAAAAUAAUCACAACAAGGGAGGCUGGGGGUAUUAGAAAACCUCCCUACCAAGUAUGAGGCUCUGAGUUCAAAUUCCAGUCCUGAGAAACAACAAGAAUGCUAAUACCCAAACAAUCCAAAACCUCUGCCUGGCCAGAAGGUGGUGACAGUGGGGCUCGGGUCAGGGUUUUAUCUCCCCAGUAUAGCCAGAUUGGCAGGCACUGGUCCAGGCAGGUGUAAAGAGAAGACUUGUGAUUUUUCUGUAACUCAGGGCUGAGGUUUGGUUCCUUAGAGUGUGAACUGAAAGCAUUUAAGAUGGAACUCUACCCAAAAUGGUAGGUGCCCUCCCUGGAGUCCAGGCUGUGAUGAUGGCCCGCACAGGCCACUCCCUGCCACGCCACCCAGAUGCCACAGAGGGAAGGAGCCCAGUGCACUGGUGUGUGUCGGUCAGCAUGGUGUAAGCACGUGAUCUGCAAGUUGGGGAUUGUAGGCACAGUGAUUCAUACCCCUCCCUCAGCACUGUCACCUUGUAUGCAGGUGUGGUUCAGGAUCUUUCCAUGAGGACAUGUUCUGUACUGGCUUCUGAGUGGGGUUCCCCCCCCCCCAAGUGCAACAUGACAAUGUUGCUCAGAUUGACGACAAGAAGAACCACCAGGCAAGGGGUGAUGCAGGCAGCUUCCAGAAACUGGAGCCCCAAGAAGGAAUCAGGCCUGUUGGGCUAAUUUCCAGAACUGUAAGAUAAUAAAAUUAUAUUCGUUUUAGUAACUAA